AUGGAGGAUUUCGAUUUAGGCGGCGAUGAUGCCGCGUCGGCCGUGUCAGUGUCCCUCUUCUCAGGAAGUACCUUGGGAGGUGCAGCCACGAGGAAGAAGCGUUUGAGCGAGGCAUCAGCUGCGUCGGCGGCAUCAACGAACUCCGUUACCUCUUCUAAGCGUGGCCGAAAGGAAGUUCAGAAGGAGUGCUUGAUGCCCACGUGUGACGAGCUCAAAAAGCCAGGCUCGAAGUUUUGCAGGCAUCACCAUUGUCAUGCCGACAAUGCGAAGUAUUCGGCGUCAAAGGUGAGUGCAGAACAACAGCAGGCCGUUGUCGAUGGCUUCAAGGAUGAUGCCAAGGCAGUUGAGAUGGUCGAGGAGUGGUCCCAACGAAAUAUUGCCUCGCCGCUCUUCAAGAACGGGGUCUGUGAUUGGAGUGAAUGGAAUGCUCGCUUCGGGCUUCGUGUUUCAAUCAGGGAGGGGGCUAAAACCAAGCCGUAUGAGAAACGGGAAUUCAUCAUUCGCCAGGUGUCCAAAUUCGGCCGCACCGAAGAGCAGGCCAAGGGCUUAUGGAACGAGGCCGAGGCAAGUUCUUGUCGGCGAGAUCAUGGUGGUUUCCAGGGCCAGCUCCGAUUAUGGUUGGCGAAGGAGGAGUAUGAAGACAAGGCGAAAGAGCGCUUUGUCGACGAGUCUGCCUUGGAGGGGACAAACCGUAAGAAGAAGAUGAAGGACAAGGACAGAGAUGCCAUGAGAAUGCAUGUCCAUGAAUUGAACACUGGCUUCGGUCACGAGUUCUUUCAAGGUCAAUCCAGCGUGGCCACUUCCGAGCGGCCGAGCUGGCAAGGUGGCGGUCCUUCGGCCACCUUCGACGAUGAUUCCGAUGCUGAGGAUAGAGUCAGCCAGCCAGGAUCCCCAAACCCUGCAAGCGGAGCCGUGCAGCCGGCGAAGGAGAAGCCGAAGGAGACCAAGAAAGAAGCACCGACAACUUUGGAGGACAGUGACGACGAGGAGGGCUUUCUGAAGGCUGGCAAGUCCUCCAAGAAGAAAGUCCCCUUGCUCAAUGCCAAGACCGCAUUCGUUUCCAAGAUGACAGGCGACCUUUCCUCUAAGACCGCUGAUUUGCAGCGGCAUGUGACAGUGGCCAAGGAUAGGCUCAAUGAGCACACGGUGGCGGUUGGCAAGGCACCUCUUAUCGAGACAGACAAGAUGGCCCGGGACAUGUACAUCAAGCGAGUGCACGUGCACCUCGCGUGCGUGUUGGAGUGGCAGGGGGAGACCGUGCCAGACGAGUACAAGGAAGCGGCAGAGUCCGAAGAAUCCAAGCCCAAGGCCGAUGGGGCAGAGGCCGAAGAAUCCGAGCCCAAGACCGAGCAGACUCCCGAUGGCUUCGUGAAGGAUGCAUCAGGCCUCAUCGCUAUGAAGUCUCCGCAGUUCUUCGCUCCAGAGUCUUUCGAUGGCAUCCAGGACGAGAAAAAAUUGAUGAAGCAGCGGUUGGUGUGGGCACGUAUGUUGGCUUGUUUGGUGGAGCUCACGGCAGGCAUGAAACAUGCAGCGGUUGAGCUUGGCAAGCACAUCAAGGCCGAAGAUGAAAAGAAGGCUGCUCAGACAGUGAAGAAGGAUGCGGAAGAACGUGCCAAGAAGAUCAAAGCGGUGGCUGCGGGCUCGACAAAGACCUUCUUCACUUGUCCUGCAGAUGCCUUCACGACGGUGCCACGACUAUCGGUGAAGAAGGAGCUGGGCAACUCGGUGGACUUUGACAUCCCUUUCAUCGUCGCCGACAGCGACAUCGUGCAGGCGUGGAUGGCUGAGAAGCUCAUGACUGUCGUAACGACUUCCUACGGCAUCCGCUACAGCAAACAGGAUGCUGUCAAGAGCGACGGCAAGCACACCCAACCAUUGAUGCCCACGCAGGGAAAGGAAGUAACGGAGGCCAUGUUUGCUCAAUUGCUGUGCAACUUCAAGGGCAAGAUCGUUGACAUGUCCGAGGUUUCAGCCUCAUGGGGUUCCACGUCGUGGCUGUUUGGCUACUCGAAUGACUUUGAGCAGUGCAACUUCACUCCAAACUCAGCCGGUGCGUUGAAAAUCUUGGUCUUCGGGAGCUUGAGUGUGUACAUGGUCCGGGCAUCCAGCCUUCUUCAGCAGCUUCCCGGCGUCGGGCUGAAGGCUACAAGCACGAAGCAGCUGAUCGAGAUCAUGGAGGCGCUCUCGCCGGACACGUUGAAGAAGAUGACUGAUGCCGGACUUAAGUUUUACCGCUGCCAGCUUGAGAAGUCGGAAGUGAUGUGGGUCCCCACCGGCUGGCUGUUGUUCGAGAAGGUGACCAAGUCAGCCCUCUUGUAUGGCGUGCGCAAGUCAGUCUUCAUGCAGACUCCCAGCUUGAAGGCCGAUUACCAGGCGGUUCGCGACCUCUACCAGGCUAGUGGACACAAUGUGGACAAGAUGACUGCAGUAAGCAAGCUCUUCGAGAAGUAG